GGCAGGUGUUUCACAUCAACAACCAGACAACGGAGCAGGAGAGCCUUUGUUGUGCUCUGAUAAACUUGUCUCUUUUUUUUUUAUCUCAACAUUUGAAUUUUCUCAAAGGUYAACAUGUCGAUGGGUUUGGAGCUGAUGGGCAUUGUCUUUGGAUUUAUUGGAUUUAUCUGUGCAAUAAUAACAUGUGCUCUGCCGAUGUGGAAGGUGACGGCCUUCAUCGGGGCCAACAUCGUCACUGCUCAGGUCAUCUGGGAGGGUCUGUGGAUGAACUGUAUCACCCAGAGCACAGGGCAGAUGCAGUGCAAGAUUUAUGACUCCAUGCUGGCUCUACCUCAGGACCUGCAGGCUGCCAGAGCCAUGACAGUCAUUUCCAUCAUCCUGGGCAUUCUGGGAGUCCUGAUCUCCAUCGUCGGAGCAAAGUGCACCAACUGCAUCGAGGACGAAGCGUCCAAGGCCAAAGUGAUGAUCAUCUCUGGGAUCUUCUUCAUCCUCGCCGGCGUUUUGGUUCUCAUCCCUGUCUGCUGGUCGGCUAACACCAUCAUUCGGGAUUUCUACAAUCCAAUCCUGACCGACGCUCAGAGGAGGGAGAUAGGAGCAUCGCUCUACAUCGGCUGGGGAGCAGCCGGUCUGUUCCUGAUUGGAGGGGCCAUGCUGUGCAGCCGCUGCCCACCAAAGGAGGAGAAGUACAAACCACCUCGAAUGGCCUACUCCGCCCCACGCAGUGUGAGCGCAGGUGCAGGCUACGACAAAAGAGACUAUGUUUGAACAGCUCUGAAAUGAAAUGCUUUAUAGAGUAAAUGUGUGUUGUGUUUGUUUUGUGUUGCUGUCUGAAACUACAAGUUGAACCCCUCUGAAAGACUCCGAGAUGAAGAUUUUGUACAGAUCUUUAUGCUUUAUUUUAACAAAAUGGCUGUUUUACACUUAUAUCUUUUACAAUGUUUAGGUUAAAAUAAUGUGUCUACAUUUUAUAAAAGUACCAUGCUCUGCUGCUUUCUGAUUGUGGAUGUGUCGGUCAGAAACAUGGUGUCGUGUUUCACUGAAACUUGCUGGUUAAACAUUGUGUCUCGUGAUGAACGGCGACAAGGAAGCGCCAGCUCUCAUUUUACAUAGAUUUGUUUGUGCACUUGUUCCGUGUGUGUGCGUGUGUUUCUGUGUGUUUUGCAUGUAAUAUUUGCUUAGGAGAGUUUCUGCUGUGCCUGAAACUAAAGCUGGAUCACAGAUAUGGUCUCAGGAAACAAUUUUAGCAACUCUGCAGUUUCAGAAAUUACUGUUUCAGUUUGGCUGAUAGAUAUUUGAGUUUUGUUUUUAAAGUGUUUUU